AAGCUCCAACGGUCUGCAAGUAAAGGUCUCUCUUUAAAAAUACACAACCCAGUGUCAUAAGCAUAAGCAUAGGCAUACAUUACCUCAUAUAAUUCUUAAGCAAAGUACUCUACUCGGAUAGUAGUCUAGUUAAUGAGUUAAGCCUCGUUGAGGCAUCACUACUCUAGUACAUCGCUUCAUACGAUCGUUACCACAAGCUCAUUGAAAUUUUUUUUAUACACUGUUUUAUUAUUUUUAUAAUCAUGGAGUGUCUUAAGUGGAUGGUGUUUCUCCUACUCGCGAGUGCUUUCGAAAACGUCUACUCUUCAGCCCCAUCGUCUUCAUCAUUAUCGUCCGAAGAGUUAGCCAGCGCGGUUAAAUUGCUCAGUGAACAAGUAAAUGCACUUCUGGAUCAUCGGCAGGAGGACUACAAUUCUCUUGAUAGUUCUCUCAAGAAGGCCAUUGAAGAAAACACUGAGCUGAUGGUCCUAAGGAACGAAGUUAAACAAUUGAGGAAGGAAGUGACCGGAUUGCGCGGCGGAAGCGGCAACGAGGCGAAGAACGAACGGCUGAGGAUCAAGUGGUUAGGGAGCGCCGUUACUGAGCUAAAAAGUGAAUUGGCUGAGGUAUUACGCACCCAGAAUGCCAGCGAAGAGCUUGCCCAACGAGCGUUAAUUAAAAGCGAGCUUUCACUUUUGCGCGGCGACAUCGCUCAAGUUGGUCGCGGGAUUCGCGAUCUUGGAGGCAGGCUCACCAGAAUUGAAGCUUCUCUAGGAUCUGUUCGUGAUGACAUUACUGCUGUCAAAGAACGUGCUGGACAGUUGACCAGAAGCUGCGCUGAUGUUGCUAGUCAGUUAAGCACAGUGCAAAUUGAGAUGAAAUCACUAAAAUGGGAGCCGACAAUAGAUCACAAGCACCAUCAAUUAGCGCGUAAUGAAAUUCAUUAUCAAGACAAACAUGAUCAUCACAGAUCAAUGCGCCACAGUUUCUCCCGUUCACAAACCAUCUCUCGCAGGAUCGAAGACCGGCUGACAAAGCUUGAGCACAAAAUUGCACUCGUAUCUCGAAAACGCGCUAUGGUCGAAAAACGGGUGGUCUAUGAGCCCAACCCCGAGUCUGCUGAUCAACUGCUGGACAGCUUGAAAUCAGAACUAUCAGCCCGACUGGAAAACAUCACCAGUACCAUAAAAACCUUCGAAACUAAGCUUGAAGAGUUGUCAGCAGAAAAUCUUCAGGCUGUAGAAACCCUAGAAGACAAGCAGGAGUCACUGCAAUCAGAAAUGAAACGUGCUUUGUCGCAUAUAGAUUUAAACGCAGCUCGCAAAAACGCUGAAUUGUCACUUACUCGCGAAGAACUAUCAAACCUCAGGAAAACAGUUCAAGCUCUCAGCGUGAGCGCGUCAAAGCUCCAGGAAAAGAGCGACCUGCAGCAAGAGAUAUCCAGUAAGUUAACUAAACAAUUGUCUGAGUUGAACUUGACCUCUUCCGUAGCCAAAGCAAUAAAUGUAACGCAUGAAUUAGAGCACGUUGAAGACCAGUAUCGUCUGAUGGUUGACGCGCUUCCUGGGAAUUGUCACGCUCGCGACGGAUUAACUCUUCUGGGAGUUGGACAAGGAGCUCCGUUGUUAGUUUCCUGCCAUGAAGGAUGGAUCGUCGUGACAAGGCGCGUCGACGGAGUCGUUGACUUUGACCGAUCUUGGUCUGAAUACGCUGCUGGAUUCGGUUCGCCUGUCAGCGAGUUCUGGGUCGGCAAUGAGGCUCUGCACCGUCUGACUCGCGACAACUGCACCAGGUUGAAGAUCGACCUGACUGACAUCUACGGCGGCAAGUGGUACGCGAAUUAUGAGUACUUCAACGUACAGUCUGAAGAAACUGGGUACCAGUUACAUGUUGGCGGAUACUCUGGAAAUGCUACAGACGCUUUCUCGUACCAAAAUGGCAUGGCGUUCAGCGCUAAAGACCGGGAUAUGGACAUAAGCACCGCAGAUUGCGCGGCUAACUAUCAUGGUGGCUGGUGGUUCAGUCACUGCCAACAUGCCAACUUGAAUGCUCGCUACUCGUUAGGUCUGACCUGGUAUCAAUCUGAUACCAAUGAAUGGAUGGCCGUCGCUGCUGCUACCAUGUCUAUUCAAAGGAAAGAAGAGUGUUCUCAUAAUUAGGCUAUGUAAUUAAAUUUAUUGUAAUUGUAAUUAUAAUUACUUUUAAGAUAAACUUUUGCAAACUCAUAAUCUUCAAAUGCUAAGAAAGAAUUGGCUAAAUUCUUGAACCAAGAGUAUCAUUUUGAAGAGUUGAGUUUGCUUUAAAUCCGGUGAAAUUUAUUUAAGUAUAAAAAAAUUUCUUAGUUCAAGAAUUUUUAUAUGAAAUAAUCUUGGUUAAAGAUUUUAGCUCUUGAAUUGAGUUAUUUUUUUAUCAGUGCAUUCUUGGUCAUUGAUAUUAGUCAUUUAAAAUCAUUGAUGAGAAUUUUUAAAAUCAGUGGAUAAUAAUUAUUAUAUCAAUAGUUUUUUAUUAAA